AACACUUACUUUAACGGGUCUGGCAACACUUUUGUGGAAAACCAAAAGUAAGAAGAAGACUAAGUUUGUAAAUAUAGAUUUUCCGUAAGACUUUUUAAAGAACUGGGACAUCAUGUCGGAUGCGCACAUGGAAGCGCCUCCAUCAGUGCGCCUGACAAACGAUGACUUCCGUAAAUUGCUGGCCACGCCGCGUGCUCCUCCCCCGGGCUCUGGAACCAGCAGCACAUCUGGAGGAGGUUCCCUGGCAACGGCGACAUUUGCGACGCCUUCUGGCCCUGCCUCCUCAGCAUCCGGAAGUGAGAAAAAAAAAGGGCAGAGCAGCAGCGAACGGAAUGACCUACGUCGUAAAAAGAAAAACUUCUACGCAGCUCUCAAGAAACAAGAGGAUGUCAAACUCCAAGAGCUGUCGGAGAAAUACAGGGACAGAGCUCGGGAACGUCGAGAUGGCGCCAAUCCGGAUUACGUGAAUGUCAGUACGCCGGGACAUGGAAACAGUACCCAAGCCUACAGGGCUGUGGCUCCUGAUAUGAAGUCCGGAAUAGAUGCGGCGGAGAGACGCAGGAGAAUCAUUCAGGAAUCCAAGUUCUUGGGUGGUGAUAUUCAGCACACCCAUUUGGUGAAAGGUCUGGAUUAUGCGCUGCUCCAGAAAGUACGCUCCGAGCUCCAUUCAAAGGAAGCUGAGGAGGAGGAGCUGGCCGCUGCUGCAGCUAGAGAAAAGCUGGCAGAAGCCGCAGCUGCAGCCGAGCAACUGGAAGCAGAACGGCGGGAGUCGGAGGACAUCAAUGCCAUCAAUGGGCCCUUGGCCAGGAAUAUUUACAACCUGAUCCAAGCGAGGAGAUCCAAAGAAGUUCCACGAAACGAACUCUUUGCACCUGGACGCAUGGCCUAUGUAAUUGAUUUGGACGACGAGUUGGGCGAAACUGACAUCCCAACCACACUGAAGCGAUCCAAGUUUGAGGUACCAGUUGCUCGCGAGGAUGUGGCAACACUGACUACAAACGAUAUUGUGAUCAACAAAUUAUCUCAAAUCCUUAGUUACCUUCGGGCCGGUGGCCGGAACAAGAAAAACAAGAAGCGCGACAAGGAUAAGCCCCUUUUCUAUGAAAAGGAAGUGGAUACUGCACGCAGCCAUCCGCACAGUGGAGGCAGCAGCGCUGCCAACUCUUCCUCCAACAAGGGAGGAGGAGGAGGAGCAAAGGCUGCUCCAUUAGGUGACAGCAUCUACGACGAUGUUGGGGACUAUCAACCCUCCGCUUCUCGGGGAGACCGCCGUGGUCAAGACUCCGGCAAACCAGCCAACUCCUACUUUGGUGAAGCCGCCCCAGAAGCACCUGAGGAGCCCAUGAUCACUAACAUACCACCGCCACCAAAGAUAUCAAAGGCCAUGGCCUCGCGAUUCGCCAACGAACCUGAGGGCUACGCCGAGUGUUAUCCUGGUCUGGAGGAGAUGAACGACGCCAUCGACGAUUCCGAUGACGAGGUGGACUACACCAAGAUGGACCUGGGCAAUAAGAAGGGACCGAUUGGUCGCUGGGACUUUGACACGCAGGAAGAAUACUCCGACUACAUGAGCACCAAGGAGGCGCUGCCAAAGGCCGCAUUCCAGUAUGGAGUUAAGAUGCAGGAUGGGCGAAAGACGCGCAAGAACAAGACCGAGAAGAACGAGAAGGCCGAACUGGACAGGGAGUGGCAGAAGAUCCAGACUAUCAUCCAGAAACGAAAAAUGCCCAAGGACGGCGGUGGUGGUGGAGGCGGAGAUGAGCCAGAUUACAAGUCCGCCAAGUACUAGAAGUCUUGAAACAUUAUUCUAUAUUUGUAAUGUAAUUUUGUAAAACAUUAAAUAUAAGUAUGCGUGUAUUUCUUACAUGCUCUCAAGUGUAAA